AUCAGUGUUGCCAGAAUCAACGGAAAACCCGGCAACACUGGUCUCAAUCAUAUAUUUUUGCAAGAAUUUUGAUGAAAUGUUUAACAAUAACUAAUAAAACAAUUCAAGUUAAAGUGCAAAGCCAACAGCGAUAAACUGCCAAAUAUACAACGAAAAAAGUAAUAAUAUUAACGAGAGCGAAAGAAGAACGGUAGGCGGCAGGGAAUCGGUGUGUGUGUGUGUUAGAGAGAGGGGUCGAGACGAAAAUAAUUUUUGCAAGUGUUUGGGUAGAAGACAGAAAGCAAAAGGCAAACGACACAGCAAAUUGUGCGACAAAGACGUACUUCAAUACAACCAGCUGCCAAGAAUGUCUUCAACUUCAGCAGCGGGCAGUGCCGCGGGUGAAGUGGCCACCUCCAGUGCUAGCUCAAAUUCCAGCACUCCAAGCACAACAGCCAGUAAUGCCAAUAAUCAGGUAACAACUGCCGGUGGCCCAGCCACAGCAACAGCACCGACUCGAGGACGUGGUGCGGCCAACACCAAUGGCGGUGCCUCUGGCAGCAAUACCGGUGGCAGUGAUGAACCCCGCAAAGAUGCCAAGCCCACGCCAAGAAUAUCAAAAGCUUUGGGCACAUCGGCCAAGCGUAUACAGAAAGAGCUGGCCGAGAUCACAUUGGAUCCACCUCCCAAUUGCAGUGCCGGACCAAAGGGUGAUAAUCUUUAUGAAUGGGUAUCAACGAUUUUGGGACCACCUGGCUCCGUAUAUGAGGGCGGUGUCUUCUUCCUCGAUAUACACUUCUCACCGGAAUAUCCAUUCAAACCGCCCAAAGUCACAUUUCGCACCCGUAUCUAUCAUUGCAAUAUCAAUAGCCAAGGCGUGAUCUGUCUGGAUAUACUCAAAGACAAUUGGUCACCGGCAUUGACCAUAUCAAAAGUGCUGCUGUCAAUUUGUUCCCUGCUCACAGACUGUAAUCCUGCUGAUCCUUUGGUAGGCAGUAUUGCCACGCAAUAUUUGCAAAAUCGUGAAGAGCAUGAUCGAAUUGCGCGUCUUUGGACAAAGAGAUACGCAACAUGAUGCGUAAGGCUGGGCAUCACACAAGUACCACAAGAACAUCUGCAACAACCACAGCAACAACAAAAAACGAAAAUUCGCAUAUUGCAAAAUAAAAAGUCUAUUUUAUAAAUAUAUAUAUAUAUAUAAUAAUAAUAAUAAAACAAACAAACAAACAAAAAAAGAAUAAAACAAAAACAACCUAUUGCUAACUAAUAAAUACACAAUAACUAUUACCACACACAUAAA